CACCCGAUCUGCUUCCUGGGCUUGCUUUCGCUUUGCCGGGGGCUUGGCUAGGCCUGCGCACCUCAAGCUAUAGACUGGAGAGCCGCGCAGGUGGCCGCCGAGGAGGGGCAGCGGACUGGUGCCUUUCACCCUUCAGGCCCCCCUGCCCUCUCCCCGAGGACGCGCUCCGGGCUCAGACCCGGUGCUCUGCGGCGCGCGUGGCACCUUGUGGGCCGUCAGGCGCCCCUGACCUUGGUUUCUCCCCGGUGCCAGGUCUGCUCAAGGACCAUGGGCGCCGCGCUGGGCACUGGCGCGCGACUGGCGCUCCAGCGGGGCUGGGCCUGUGGCGGCGUCCCGCGCUGGAUGCCCUCCGCGCCCGCCCAAGGCUGCCACUCCAAAUCCGGCCCGGCUCGCCCCGUGCCUCUGAAGAAGCGCGGAUACGAUGUCACCAGGAACCCGCAUCUCAACAAGGGGAUGGCCUUCACACUGGAAGAAAGGCUGCAGCUUGGAAUCCACGGCCUGAUCCCCCCCUGCUUCCUGAGCCAGGACGUCCAACUCCUGCGGAUCAUGAGAUACUACGAGCGGCAGCAGAGCGACCUGGACAAGUACAUCAUUCUCAUGACACUCCAGGACCGGAAUGAGAAGCUCUUCUACCGAGUGUUGACGUCAGACGUGGAGAAAUUCAUGCCCAUCGUGUACACUCCCACCGUGGGGCUGGCCUGUCAGCACUACGGCCUGACCUUCCGCAGGCCCCGUGGGCUGUUCAUCACCAUUCAUGACAAGGGUCACAUUGCAACCAUGCUAAACUCUUGGCCAGAAGACAAUAUUAAGGCCGUGGUGGUGACUGAUGGGGAGCGCAUCCUGGGCCUGGGAGAUCUGGGCUGCUACGGCAUGGGCAUCCCUGUGGGCAAGCUGGCCCUGUACACGGCGUGCGGAGGGGUCAGCCCACAGCAGUGCCUCCCCGUCCUGCUGGAUGUCGGCACCAACAAUGAGGAGCUGCUCAGAGACCCUCUAUACAUCGGGCUGAAACACCAACGUGUGCGUGGCAAGGAGUAUGACGACCUGCUGGACGAGUUCAUGCAGGCUGUGACAGACAAGUUUGGAAUAAAUUGCCUCAUCCAGUUUGAAGACUUUGCCAAUGCCAAUGCCUUCCGCCUGCUCAACAAAUACCGCAACAAAUACUGCAUGUUCAACGAUGACAUCCAAGGCACAGCCUCUGUCGCUGUGGCAGGGAUCCUGGCUGCUCUGCGAAUCACCAAGAACAAGCUCUCCAAUCACAUGUUUGUUUUCCAAGGUGCGGGUGAGGCUGCCAUGGGCAUCGCCCACCUCCUUGUCAUGGCCCUAGAGAAAGAAGGCAUACCCAAGGCAGAGGCCACAAAGAAGAUCUGGAUGGUGGACUCCAAGGGGCUCAUUGUCAAGGGAAGGAACCACCUGAACCAUGAGAAGGAGAUGUUUGCCCAGGACCACCCUGAAGUGAACAGCCUGGAGGAGGUGGUGAGGCUGGUGAAGCCCACGGCCAUCAUAGGUGUUGCUGCCAUCGCAGGAGCCUUCACGGAGCAGAUUCUGAAGGACAUGGCCUCCUUCCACGAGCGCCCUAUCAUCUUUGCCCUGAGCAACCCCACCAGCAAGGCUGAGUGCACGGCUGAGAAGUGCUACCGGGUCACUGAGGGCCGAGGGAUCUUUGCUAGUGGAAGUCCUUUUAAAAGUGUGACUCUGGAAGAUGGCAAGACCUUCAUUCCUGGGCAAGGAAACAAUGCCUACGUGUUCCCUGGAGUGGCUCUGGGAGUCAUUGCUGGCGGGGUCCGGCACAUCCCAGAUGAGAUCUUCCUCCUGACAGCAGAGCAAAUUGCCCAAGAGGUCUCUGAGCAGCAUUUGUCCCAGGGGAGACUGUACCCACCACUCAGCACCAUCCGAGAUGUGUCUCUGAGAAUCGCCAUCAAAGUCCUCGACUUCGCGUACAAACACAACCUGGCCUCCUACUACCCAGAGCCCAAGGACAAGGAGGCUUUUGUAAGAUCCCUGGUCUACACUCCAGACUAUGACUCCUUUACACUGGACAGCUAUACUUGGCCCAAGGAAGCCAUGAAUGUUCAAACAGUGUGAUGCAGUCUCAGAAGCUGCUGUGAGGCUGGAACAAGCCCAGAGUAACACUGACAAUAUAAAUGGGUUCUAAAAUGGCUAUCUUUGUCACUGUGUUUUUCCUUUGAACUUUCUGGUGUGAGGGGAGAUACCCAGGCACACAGUGAAUGAGAGCCUUGUCCCUGAGGUCCUGAGAAUUCACUUUUCUAUAACCCUGACUUCCUCCCCAAGAAUUUCUUCAUCUAAUUGCCAACAAUUAGCUAGAUCUUGUGGGAAAUCUAGAAUGCUUCCUAGAACUCUGCCUUUACAGAGCUCAGAGUCUAGUGAAGGAGAUAUGGACACAAUUCAUUGUUCCACAAGGGACAAAGUGGUUAAGUCCAUGAAAGAAGAGCAGAUAAAGGUCAAGGGUACUCAGAGAAGGGAGCAGAUACUUCCUAUGAGAAAUAAGAGAAGGCUUCAGGGGGAGAAAUGUGUACAGAGUCCCAAGAGUAAAGGAUGGGUAGG